UUUUAUAGAAAGGAGAUCUUCCUAAAAAAAAUUUACUGGCCAAACCUCAGCUCUAAAGAUACCGCACGCCACUGGAACCUAAAUUAUGAAAGCACUCAUCACUCAUCACUCAUCACUCAUCACUCAUCACUCUCUCUCUCACUCUCCUCUUCUAUUAAAUAAUUAGAUAAAUAAAAUUCAUUUAUUAAAAUUAGAAUAGAAAAAAAAAUAAGCAAUUACGGAGAGAGAGAGAAGAUGGCGGCGUACGGAGGGCAGGUUGUUGUGGUGACGGGGUGCUCGACGGGAGGAAUUGGUAACGCGCUGGCACGCGCCUUCGCGGCGGAGGGUUGUUCGGUUGUGGCGACGAGUAGAUCGGUAGGUUCGAUGUCGGAUCUGGAGCACGAUUCAAGGUUCUUUCUACAGGAGCUUGACGUGCGAUCGGAGGAGAGUGUGCAGCACGCUCUGUCUACUGUACUGGAGAGGUUCGGUCAGAUAGAUGUGUUGGUCAACAAUGCAGGGGUUCAGUGCGUUGGCCCUGUCGCUGAAGUCCCUCUUUCUGCUUUCCAAUCCACUUUUGAUACAAAUCUAUAUGGUCCCAUAAGGUUGAUUCAAGCUGUAGUUCCUCACAUGGCAUCAAGGAGAAAAGGGAAGAUUGUCAACGUUGGAAGUGUUACUGCUUUGUCCCCUGGACCAUGGUCUGGUGUUUAUACUGCAUCAAAAGCUGCUCUUCAUGCAUUAACCGAUUCUUUAAGAUUGGAACUCAAGCCCUUUGGAAUCGAUGUCAUUACUGUUGUGCCAGGAGCUAUUGUAUCUAACAUAGGAAAUUCUGCCUUAGCUAGCCACGAUAAGAUGCCUGAAUGGAAACUAUAUAAGCCUUUUGAAGCAGCAAUACGUGAUAGAGCCAAUUUUUCCCAGAGGCCAAACUCAACCCCCACACAAGAGUUUGCAGAGAAGACUGUGGAUGCUAUCCUCAAGAAGAGUCCGCCAACCUGGUUCUCUUACGGCCAAUUCUCCACCAUUAUGUCGAUCAUGUAUCAUCUGCCAAUCUUCAUUAGAGAUUUUGUCUUGAAGAAGGCUAUGAAGAGUUGAAAUUUACGGGACAGAUGCUAAAGCUGUACUGUAAUGAUUUUUUUUUUUAAUUUUUAAAUGUUAAUGACUGAACAUUCUCAAUAAUCCAUAAUCGUAUUGAUUCGGAGGAAGUGGAAACUAUAAAUGUCCUGAACACCAUUGUUUGGGGAGACAGAAAGGACAGAGGGUUCAAGAAAUAAGAAUCUUCAUUUUGUAGGUAGAAUUUUCUGAGCCACUAAGAGAGGCAUGUGAAGAAGUAAAAAUUGGCUAAUUGUGCAUUUAAUAUACAUUUACAUAUAAUUUUCUUGGCCUUUAAA